AUGAGUCCCGCAUACACUCCCCACAGCGCCGAGUACCGGUACUCAGCCCACGAACCAACCCAGUCGCCCCGCGACAAUGCUUCGCAGGUUGUGAGCUCGGCAGUAGCGCCCUUUCUUGCCAGUUUGUUCGAGAUCCUCUCCAAGGAGGACGCACAUAUCAUCGGGUGGAGCGACGACGGCAAGUCAUUCGGCGUGUACAACUACGACGCGAUGGAGCAGCACAUUCUACCCACGUACUUUCGACACAACAAGUUCGCAUCGUUCCAGCGCCAGCUCAACUACUUUGGGUUCCGAAAACUUCACAAAGCCAAAGACUCGGACCACCAUUCCGUGUACUGUCAGCCGUAUUUCCUUCGCCACGACCCAUCCCGCAUGCUUCAUAUCAAACGCAAGACUCACCGCAUCAAGUCCAACACGCCUCGCCGAGCCAUUUUGGGCUCGAUCAACGAUGGGUACCCUUACCAGUAUCGGAUGCACAACCCCGAUUCCCCCGCCUAUUACAGCCCCCCCCUCACCGCGGAGUCGUCGCCCAGCAUGUAUACUACCCAUGAUGUGUAUUCUUGCUCUACUCCCACUCCUUUUGCCCCCGCUUCAGCAGCAUGUGCAUUACCGCAAGUCACUUCCUCGGAUGCGUACGACCCCGUGCCCUUCUUCACCCCGUCCACAAGCGUGUUUAUGAGUGUCCAAUCACCCUCCUGCGCUUCCCAGCCCACGGCUGACCUGCAAUACGACCCGUUCCUGUCGAUGAAACGCUAUGGAAAUCACGUGAGCGUCUCCAACGUUGUCGUUUACACGUCCCCGGACGACGACACUUUAUCAUCCCUGCCGAUCCCGUACUCGGAUGUCCAACGAGACUCAGUCAAACUCACACGAGACGAUUUGGACUUCCUGUACGACGAUGCCUUGUGCAUAUAA